ACCCCAAACCACAAAUUCAAAUAUCUUCCACUACACACAUUAAUGCACUCAGCCCCUACCUAUCCCACAAACCCCUCUUUUACAUCUUCUACCACAUUUUCAUUUUCACCUUUUUCAUGAGAACUUUUUACACCUUGUUACUCUCAUGUUGGAUCAUCAUCACCAAGUUUGUAUCCAAAUCAUGGGUAUUCACCACAUACACCUAACCCAUACUCAUCAUAUUCAUCACCUCAUUAUUCCUAUUACUACAAUACUUAUCAUCAACAACUCAAACCAACAAAAACCUCUUCCACAAUUUAUCCUCAAUAUCAAACCCACUCUAAAAAUAGAAGAGAUUUUGAGAAGUAUCUCCAAGUCAGUCAUCCCUCUUUUAAGAAAAACUCACAAAAAAUCACAAAAAUCUGCCUCAUUCAUAAGCAUCCUAUUCAAGCUUUGUGAUACUUUGCACCUGCCCCUUUCAAAAAUCCGUAACACACACAAAUCACAAUCUAACAACCAGAAAAGUUUUUCAACAACCUUCUGAUUCACAAAAGGAACAGUUUCAAACAGUUAUCCUUGACACAAAUCAAGAACAAGAAUCAGAAAAAGACCACGAAAUUGAAGAAGGCGUCUCAGAUCCCGAGGACGAGGAGUCAUCGUUACAAUCUGUUUCGACGGAUCCCGAUGACGUUAUCAUCCCCACAAGGAGAUCAAGUUUUCUUCCAUGGUCCUCGAUGUUGAUGUUUGUUCGAGUUCUCUAACUGCUACUCAAACAGUCGUUCCGAUCUUAACCCCAUCCAACAUCUAUUUGGAGCUCCCAGUCGAUAACGUUAUUGCUGUGAAAUCAGCGUCAGCAUUUGAAGUUAAUGGUAUUUUCGAUUUCUCCUCAUAUGUCAGAGAAAAAUUGAAGGACACUAUUUCUAGGGUUUUUGUUGCGGCCAUCAACAGGGCUCUCUUCCUCCUCCUCCAUGAAACUGCCGCCGACUACACCUUGUUUGAGGCUCAUAGAAUCGACAAAAUUGGUCAGAACACUGAAGCUGUUUGGAUCUCCGUUUCCGACUUGACCAGCGUUAAAGACGCCAUCAGACAGCAGUGGGUAUCAGAUUUAGUCAGAGCUUGGUAUGACAUUAUUUCUAUGUAUCGUAAUUCUGAUCAAAAGCUAUGCACGGUUGUUUUAGAUUCCAUGAGAAGGUAUAUUUCUUGGAUUGACAUUAGGUUAAUCUAUAAUGAUGUUUUUGUCCCUUUGUUAUUUGAUUUGAUUUUGGUUGGUGCCCCAUCUGAUCAUCUCCAAGUUUCUAAGAGAAUGGAGCCCCAAUCGAAACUACCGUUGUUGCAAAGCCUUCAAAUAAGUGGUGUGUUUAGGUUAGUGACCGAUGAUGGCAAUGAUCAACUGGUUCCUGACUUAGCUGCAUUGUUUUCUAUAUAUGUUAUGGAGGCCUUGGAUUGCUUUAAAAAGAUGAGUUUCGAGGAAGCUAAAGGAGUCUCCAUGGAAGCCCUUGUCGACUUCUGCAGGCAAAACACAUUUAUGAUUGAUAUGUAUGCUAACUUUGAUAGCGACAUAACUCGCAUCGCAGUAAUGUUUUUGAAGACCUCGCUAAUUUGUUGUCCAGAAUUGUCCAUUGUCUGCCAUGCAUAUUCUUGCUUUGGAUGGUUUUAUUGCUGUUAUACAGGGAAUGACUGAAGGGACUAAUGGCUCUGUCCAUAACAUACUCAACAAGUUUCUACUGCUUGAUGGUGGAGCAAAAGCAAAUGCAAAUGCAAAUGCUGAAAACACAAAUGCAAAUAUGGGAGCUCAACAGGUUUUGUAUAUUCUGGAUACCUUGAAAGAAUGUUUUCCUUUGUUGUUGCUAACAGAUCAAACCAGCAUCCUGAAGCACUUUGAAAGUCUCUUGGUUCUGCGUCAACCCCUAGUGUCAAACCAGCAUUCUUCUGCAGUCUCGGAAAAGUCUGCUUCCAAAAUAAAUGAGAUGCCUGUAAUCUGAACGAAGCAUUGGACCAAGAAACUGAUGAGCUGACUUCUCAGAAGGGUAUGAAUUCAUCGUCCCACAACCGUCGGUUUAGUUUCAACUUAAGUCGAAUUUGCAGAAGUUUCAGUUUCAAGGAAGGCUCGGUGGUUUCACAUUUUGGUUCUAAGUAUGUUUGUUCAAAGUCUGGUCCAGUGACUCCUGAAUCUUCUAUUCAUUGGGAUAAUUCAAGCAAAGAAAAGAAGAGCAAUCAAAACAGAACAAGAUCAACUCCUCUUGGGAGGAUAUUAGACCCAAUAUUGAAGCAAUGCUAUUCUGUUUUCUUGGAGAACUACUCGUGUCUCUCAACAAAACACAAGAGGUGUGUAUUGAAGUCUUUCAUUCCAAUUUCGAAGUUUGUGUUGCAAAUAAUCAGUGACAAUUUGUUAUUCAAGCAAUGGGAAGCAAUGGGAUCCAGGAACAAUGUCUUUAUUCUCAUAUUGAUUUUACAACCUUGAGGACAAGAUUGUUUUUGAAGGGGUUGGCAAUGAAAGAGAAGAGAAAUUAUUUAGAUAAAUAAUUUAGUUAUUUAAAUUAAUGCCUAAUUUAUAUUAGUAGUACUUUAUUUGUAUUGUUAUGUAGUUGGGCUUUUAUUAGUGUUUGGGUUUUCUAGUUUAGUAUCCACUAUGAGUACUAUAUAUGUAGUCCCUUGAGACAUUGAUGAGUUUCAAAAUCAAAUGAAAAAGUCUUUUAUCUUCCUUUAUUUCA